AAAAAAACUUUUGUCUCUCCUUCGUCAAAUGAAAAAAAAAAAAAACUGAAAAAAAUAAAAUAAAAAUGGUCUCUCCUCCAAAGUCUAACUAACAACAGAAAAAAAGAAAAAAAACUUAGAUUCAGUCGCUGGUGAUGAUUAACGGUUAUAAAAUAAUUUAAUAAUUAGAUAUAAUUACAAAUGCUCUUUUUCUUCCCUUUUAUCACUUUUCCAUAUUCAAUUCAGACAAAUUUACGGUCCCAAGGAAAUUCAAAUCCACUUACUCCUUUCAGGUGAAGUUGUUGCACCUAUGAUUAAAUUUACAUUUGGAAUAGUGUGUAAACAAUCUAGGGGUACUACAGCUUCUCCCAGACUGAAGAAAUUUUUUGUAUGAUCAUUGGUAAAAAAAUGAUCAUUCGUUAAGGAUUCAACAAAAUAUAUAAUCCAAUGCAGGAUUUAGCAGAUAUCGAAUACCCUAUCUUGGCUAGAGUCAGAACACAAAUUGAGGUAUCACCAUUUCUGAAGCUUACACGGAAGCGAUGGUGGAUGUUAGUGUCAAUCAAUAUUGCCUUUGUUCUUGUAGGCCAAACUGCAGCUGUUUUGCUAGGUAGAUUUUACUAUGCUGAAGGUGGAACAAGCAUGUUUCUAGCAACUAUUGUACAAACUGCAGGAUUCCCCAUACUCUGCAUUCCACUGAUCCUUAUUCCAUUACCGCCAAGUUCUUCACCUCCUCCUGAUCCACGUACAAAGAAGCACAUUGUUUUCAUCUAUCUUUCUCUUGGUGUACUCCUUGCUGGUAACAAUUUGCUUUAUGCUGUAGGACUUUUGUUUCUCUCAGCCUCUACCUAUUCUCUCAUCUGUGCAACACAGCUAGCUUUCAAUGCAGUCCUCUCGUACUUCAUUAACAAUCAAAAGUUCACCCCAUUGAUCCUGAACUCGGUAGUUAUUCUCUCCUUCUCUGCGGCCCUACUAGCUGUGAAUGGUGAUUCCAAUUCACCGGCAGGGGUAUCUAAACUGGAAUAUUCUAUUGGUUUUGUAUGCACUCUAGGCGCCUCAGCAGUGUAUGCCCUUCUUCUGUCUCUGAUGCAGCUUUCCUUUCAGAAAGUGUUGAAAUCUGAAAGUUUUGCCGUAGUUAUGAAGAUGCAAAUAUACACUUCACUCAUAGCAACUAUUGUUUCAAUAGGCGGACUCUUUGCAAGUGGGCAAUGGAGGACUUUACACGUAGAGAUGGAAAAUUUUAACUCAGGACCUCCGUCGUACUUUAUGACCUUGGUUUGGACUGCUAUAUCUUGGCAAAUUUGUUCAGUUGGUGUAGUUGGCUUGAUCUUUUUGGUAUCUUCUCUCUUUUCAAAUGUCAUUAGUACAGUAGCUCUCACUGCUGCUCCUAUUGCAUCACUGAUAGUUUUCCGUGAAACAAUGAAUGGAGCAAAGGUAAUCGCGAUGCUUCUGGCACUAUGGGGAUUUGCUUCUUAUUUGUUUCAGAACUAUCUGGAUGAUAGUAGAACCAUGGAAACCCAGAAAUCCACAGAAACCGAUAGUAGCAAUGAGAUCCGUAAGGAGUCUUCUUGCGUUGUAUCUUUAGCAUGAGUAAGCUAGUGGCAACAUUCUUUUGGAUUUAUUCCUUCUGUUUCAUGAUUUAAGUCACUGAUGGAGUAUUUGAGUGUAAUCUUAUUCAGUAUUUUUUUUUACUUAAUUUUAAAUUAAUGUAAACAGUGAGUGUCUUGUAUAGUUGUAUGUUAAUGAAACUGAGGGAGUAGAUUAAACAGACAAUUGUAGUGAGAUCCCUAAGGGUUUUAUCUUGCUGUAUCUGUAACAGAAUUGAAUGAUUGGUAACAUUUUUACUUUGUUGAUUCAA